GAGUUAAAUUUAUUAAGUAGGUGCGUUAAAGAUGUCAACGGGCAGCGCCGAUCCCUGGCAAUUGAAAGAUACAAAAACUGAUCAGGGAAACACAGAAUUCUCAAGCAACUGUGACAGUUUUGAAGAUAAUUUCAUAGCUCACGACCAGAACCAGGAAGGCAACGAAAAAGACUUUGAAAAUAUUAAGAACAGCAAUGAUAGGAACCUGCACGACCCAUUGCCUGAUUCUAGUAACUAUUUGGAACUAUUAGAGCGGAAGUUGGCCAAGGUGCAAAAGGGCAGCAAGUUAUUGGAAAAUUUGCAGGACAAGCGGCAGGAUUGCAUGCGAUCUCUCCUGUCGGCCAACGGCGUACCAGUCACAAUAUUUGAACAGCUACUGGAGCUUGAUACGCCGAUCGACAGUGGUCGGCUGCAUCGUCACUUGCUUCCUGUCCAAGCCCUAACAGUGGGCGAAACCGUUCGCAUAGUGGAACACGACGCUCUUGAGCAGCGCGAAGAGGAGCACACUGAAGUGGAAGCGGAAGGCGAUCACUAGU